AUGUCUACUUUUGGUACUCUGUUCAAGGUUACUACCUACGGUGAAUCCCACUGCAAAUCAGUCGGCUGUAUUGUCGAUGGUGUUCCUCCAAACAUGUCAUUAACUGAGGAAGACAUCCAGCCUCAGUUAAGUAGGAGAAGACCAGGACAGUCGAAACUUUCUACUCCAAGAAAUGAAAAAGAUCGGGUUUACAUCCAGUCCGGUACGGAAUUUGGAAAGACAUUGGGAACUCCUAUUGGAAUGCUUGUUCUUAAUGAAAACCAGAGACCAAAGGAUUACAGUGAAAUGGCAAAGUACCCUAGACCUUCCCAUGCCGAUUACACAUACAUAGAGAAAUAUGGCAUAAAGGCUUCAUCUGGCGGUGGAAGAGCAUCGGCAAGAGAAACUAUUGGCAGGGUUGCUGCAGGUGCAAUCGCAGAGAAGUUUUUGAAGCAGGCCAACAAUGUCGAAAUAGUGGCCUUUGUCUCCGGUGUGGGAGAAUGUCAACUUGACAGAUCUUCGCAGAAUCCAGAGUUUAUGGAAUUGCUCCAGAACAUCACUAGAGAAACAGUGGAUGCCGCAGGCCCUAUCAGAUGCCCAAUUCCUGACAAGGCUGAGAAGAUGACGAAAAUAGUUGAGGAUUACAAGGCACAAAAUGACUCCAUUGGUGGUAUUGUCACGUGUGUUGUUAGGAAUGUUCCAAUUGGUCUUGGUGAACCUGCUUUCGACAAACUGGAGGCUAUGCUUGCCCACGCAAUGCUUUCUAUUCCUGCAACCAAAGGCUUUGAAAUUGGUUCUGGUUUCGCUGGUACUGCCAUUCCAGGCUCCAAGCACAAUGAUCCCUUCAUUAUGAAGAAUGGCCAUCUGGGAACAACCACCAACAACUCAGGUGGUAUUCAGGGCGGAAUUAGUAACGGUGAGAAUAUUUACUUCUCCGUUGCUUUCAAAUCACCCGCUACUAUUUCGAAGCCACAGAGUACUGCUACUUACGAUGGCAAGGAUGGCACACUCGAGGCCAAAGGUAGACAUGAUCCAAACGUUGUUCCAAGAGCUGUUCCAAUCGUUGAAGCAAUGACUGCGUUAGCACUUGCUGAUUCUUAUUUGAUCCAGAAGUCUAGAGAAUCUACCUUCAACCUUGUCCAUUAA